AUGCGUCCGGAAGAGCACCUCAAAAAGAGAUUCACUCUUCUUUCAGUCAUUGCAUUCGGCUUUACCACCAUGAAUUCAUGGGUAGCAUUCGCUUCUGGUGUUGCUGUCCCGCUCUCAUGUGGUGGUGGCCCAGCUCUCAUCUACGGCCUUAUCGCUGCCGCGGUUAUCAUGACCAUCAUUAAUGUUGGCUUUGCAGAACUUGCUUCCGCAUUUCCAUCUGCUGGUGGUCAAUAUCACAUCGUCUAUAUGACUUUUCCUCCGUCAACACGCCGAGUUGCCGCGUUCUUUACAGGAUGGAUUUCCGUGAUUUACAUCAUGGCGGCAACUGUGUCGUGCAAUCUCUUUGUCGCAGGCUCCAUCCUCGACGUCGUUAGUCUGUGGAACGAGAGCUACGAAAUACAAGCUUGGCAUACAUACCUGUUGCAUAUUUUGCUUUGUAUCAUCGCAUUUGUGCUCACGUCUCGUUUCCCCGCUGCUAUUGGCAAGUUGGGCGUGACGAUUCUUGUUCUUUCGUUGGCUGGCUUCGUGGCCUCGCUGAUAACAUUGCUCACUGUCAAAGACAUCAAACAAUCAGCAGAUUUUGUGUUCAGAGAUUAUCAAAAUGUCAGUGGAUGGACAGAUGGUUGGGCGAUCUUUAUCGGCAUUACCGGCUGUUUAUGGGCAUUUAGUGGUGCAGAUGCCGCGACGCACGUCUCUGAAGAAGUACCCAAUCCAAGUCGAAAUGUCCCCAUUGCCAUCAUUACCACCAUGACCUUGGGCGUCAUCACAGUUGUUGCCUGGAACAUUGCUCUCAUGUUUGUUGUUACGGAUCUCCAGGCCCUUAUCGAAUCUGGGGUUCCGAUUUUGGAAGUAUACAACCAAGCGCUGAACUCGAAGGUGGCUACAACCAUCUGGGCCAUCUAUUACAUGGUCAUGUUCUACGACAUUGUUCUCAAUCUCUUCAUUUUCGCGGGGCGAACAAUCUGGUCCCUGUCCCGAGACGGCGGCGUACCAUAUUCCAACUUUAUCUCUCGCCUCAACUGGGCAAGUCCCGUUCGUGCCACUGCAGUCAUGCUCGUUUUGCAGAUUAUUAUUGGAGUUCUCUAUGUUGCAUCAUCCACAGCAUACAGCAGUUUCAUCAAUCUCACUCUAUUUGCGCUCAACAUCACUGUUGCAUUACCUCAGGCUGCUCUCUUGUUCCGUGGCCGCAGCAUUCUUCCCGAACGAGCCUUUUCUCUUGGCAAGUUCGGCUACAUUAUCAAUGCAAUUGCCACGUUAUUAGUCAUUUUCUUCUCAAUUUGUUUUUGCUUCCCAGUCGGAUAUCCUGUCACUGCCAGCUCCAUGAACUAUCUGAUUGUCGUUAUGGCUGUUGGGUUAGUAGUGACAACGAUUGCAUGGGCUGCCAAUCUGCGAAAGACGUUUACUGGGCCAAGGCUGGAUAAUUAUGGGGGCGAAUCUGUGCAUUAA